GCGCAUCGCUCUCCCCUCAUAAAACACCCGAACGCACAUCACCGGCCGCCUCUGGAAGGGAACAUGACACGGACGCGCAGCAGGUCCUUCUUCAAGAGUUAAACUGAGAAAAAAAAAAAUCAUGCGUCACCGUCCGACUCUGUGGAGCUGAAAUCUGAUGGCUGCAUUCCCACGUGAUCCCAGUCCUGACGAAAUACAAGUUUACCAGUUUACACACACAAUUCAUCCUAAAAGCUCACACUCAGAGCAAACGUGUCCUUAAACACACACGUAACCCUAAGCAUACAAGCUCCUCAGAAAUCCAGCUUCGAAAGAAACCCGAUUUGCGCCUGUUUCCGUGUCGCACCAUGUCGAAGGAAGACUGUAAGGUGGGCUGUAAACACAAGGAACGCAAGCCCAAAAAGCCGCACUACAUCCCGCGGCCGUGGGGCAAACCCUACAACUACAAAUGCUUCCAGUGUCCGUUCACCUGCAUGGAGAAAUCACAUCUGUACAACCACAUGAAGUACAGCCUGUGCAAGAACUCCCUGUCGCUGCUCAUCGAGUCCGACUGGCCGUAUAAAAAAGAGCAGCUCCGGCUCCAGCAGGGCGGCGCUCGCUCACGAAGCCCGGCUAAGGGUCACCCGGAGCGGGUGGCGAUGUCGGACGAGCCCUCGCAUUCGGCAGCGAGUCUGGAGGAGGGCGAGAAAGGAGAAUCCGAACGGGACGCGGAGAGAGACGAAGAAGCGGUGGAGACGAACUCAUCGGCGGUCACGAACCCCGAAUCUGCCGACUCCAGAGGAAGCAAGCGAUCAAAGCAAGAAGCCGAACUCGUGAUGGCUGACGUGUUCUCGCUCGAAGAGCAACUUUUGCGAGCGCGCUCGGUCGAAGUGGAGUCCAAACUGAGACACUAUAGAUUGUCCAAAACGUGUCUUUCCGGGCCGGCUGCUUUGCUUUCGGAGCAAUGGCGCAUUUUAAGCAACCAGGCGUCUGGAGCGAAGCCCAAAUCGGAUCCGGUGGGGUCUUCUCUGCCUUGUUAUCCUCCGCCGGCAUCGACGGGGCAGAUCGAAUGCCCAGAAGCGGCGGGUUUCAACCUGUCUUUGCUCGGCGUCGGAUACCCGUUGGCUCCUGGACUCCUUUCGUAUUUAAACCCAGCGCUCGGCUUACCUGCGAGUACGACGAACACAAGCGCUCCGCUGCCGUUCCUGGCAUCAUCCCAUUCACAAAGACACCCCGAGCGCCCUUUACUUCCUCCUCACCUGUACUACCCUUUCCUCUGUGAGCACACUUUCGGGACGACGCCGUCCUCGACGUCCUCCGAGACAGGAAAGCUCAUCAAACCCCCGACCGUGAGCCUGCCGGGCCCUUCGUACGCUCCCAAACUCAACCUGUGGAAGGUCCCGGCCCUGCGACCCACAUCCUCGCCCGCGACCUGGCCCUCGCCCUCCUGCUCCUCUCCAGAACCGAGCCACGGCGUGAAGGACAGGAUACGGUCCAGGGAAGGGAAGAGUGGCUGGCCGCAGGACACCUCCUUCGUCAGAGAGCAGAGUCUGAAGAGGACAGCGGUGUCCUUGGACUCCCAUGGUGCACCGGGAGAGAAGAAACCAGCUCUUGAGUUUGCCCUCGACUCGCUGAAAAAUGCUCACAAAUCUACGUCCAUCUCCUCCCUGAUGUCCAGCAGGCUGCCUAUACACACCAGCCCCCGCAGCGACGUCUCGUCCCCGCCGCAUAUGUCUGAGCAGCUGGAGGCGAGACAGAGAGGAAUGGAGCGAGACACGGACCCGGCAGCAGCGCUCCUGCAGGAUUUCAGCACGUUACUGCAGGAGUACCAGAGCACGGAGCAGCGGGCCGCGUCUCUGCCGGAGCAGUGCCACCUGUGGGCCCACCUGGGAAAGAUCCGCUCGGAGCUGACGCACAUUCAGCAGGCGCUGGAGCGCACCACUCGCUCCAACGAAGGGCCGCUCGACCUGUCCGUCAAGAAAGACCCGGCGGGAAUCACGCACGCGGCCGGAGACGUUCUGCGAGACACAAAAGACACGGGGGACGAAAACUGCUCCGAGACGGAAGACGAUGAGGAGGAAGAGGAGGAGGAUAAAUACGACGGAGGUGUUAAAGAAAGGCAGAAGUGCUCGCUGGACGCGCUGAUCAAACUCAACGCGUCUCAGGUGCCUGUGGUGAAGACUGAGGUGCUGUCCGACGGAGGCCUGGCGAUUCGGCCCGGGACGGCUGAGGCUCUGUGGCACAGAACCACCAAGUGCGAGGCCGACUCAAGUGUCCUUCUCUGCUCCAAAACGCCCAACAGGCCGUCCUCCAUCCAACACCUGGACACUCUCUGUCCGACCAGUCCGUUAACAACCACCGACACGAUGGUGUAGUGAACACGAACAGGAAAAAUAAACGAGAACACUACAGGACCGGACACUUUGACGCUUCUUUUUUGAAAGGAAAUCAACACUUUUACUCAACAAGGACGCAUCAAACCGAUCAAAAAUGACAUUUAUAAUGCUGCAAAAGAUACAGUUUUUGCUACGUUCACUUUCUAUGCAUAAACGAAUCCAAAUAUGUGUGUUGUCAACACUGGUAAUAAUGUUUCAUGAACAGCAAAUCAGCAUAUUGCAAUGAUUUCUGAAGGAUCGUAUGACUCUAAAGAUUGGGGUAAUGAGGCUGAAAAUUUGAUUUAAACCACAGGAGUAAAUUACAUUUUAAUAUACAUCAUAAUAGAAAUCAGUUAUAAAAUAAAAUACAAUUUUUACUGUAUUUUUGAUCAAAUUUUGGCGAGCAGAAGAGACUUCUGUCUGUAUACGCUACAUAAAUAAACUGCGGAAAAGACCAAUAAUCAAGUACUGAUCUAAAUCAAGCAGCUUAUGCCAAAAAAAAAACGAUGGAGGAAAAUACGAAGAACAAAAUACAUGCACUGACUCGAUGAUCAAAAUCAUCUAAUGAAUUAGGGUUAAUAACGUUAAAAUCCAUAUACAGAAUGAGGACUAAAAGCAAGCCCUGGUUUAAAAAAGCGGUUAAGGAAUUACAACUGUAUUUAUUUAGCAUAUCUGUUUGUAAUAUAAUACAUUUACUUUUCUUACAUAUGUCACAUUUUUAAUUAUUUCGCAUUUAACUCACUCUAUGUUUUAAGACUUUUUGUAAAUAACCAGCAGUCGAAUAAGGUGAUUGUUUGGCACAAUAAAACCGGAGGAAGAUACUGCAUUACUGUUUAAUCAGUGUGAAAUUUGUCUCGUUGCAUUUAAGAAAUCCUGCAA